AUGGAUUCGGUCACAAAUGAACAAAAAGUGUGCCUGAUCAGACUGUUUUAUGAAAGAGGCCGCAGUUUUGCGUCAGCAAUUGCUGGAUUGCGACAUCAAUACAAAGGUGAGAAGUUGCCAUCCGACGAUGCUCUCAAAAGACUGAUUAAACAUUUUGAGGAAUAUGCUUCAUUUGACGAUAGAAGAGCGAGUUGCUCUGGCCGCAAAGUAACUCAAACAACUGAAGAUCGUGUGACAGAAGUUAAGGUGCAUUUCGAAGCCCAUCCGAAUGAUUCAAUAAGACGCGCGGCUCAGACAUUGAAUAUGUCUUAUGGUAAUGUGCGAAACAUCUUGAAAUAUUUUCUGAAAAUGCACCCUUACAAGGUUCAGUGCCUUCAGUUUCUCAGUGACAACGCGAAGCUCGCUCGGAAAUCCUUUUGCCAAAAUCUUUGCUCCAAGAUAAGCAACAAUGAAAUUGAUGCCGAAAAGAUAAUUUUCAGUGAUGAGGCCCAUUUUUGGCUCAACGGCUAUGUAAACAAACAAAAUUAUCGAUUUUGGGGCACUCAGCCUCCCCAUAUCAUUGAGGAGCACAAUCUGCACCCAAAAAAGAUUACAGCGUGGGUUGCUAUAACCAACAGACAGAUAUACAUUACUGUCUUCACAAAUACUGUCACUGGAGAGUACAACAAACUUUUAAAAAAUCGAUUUUUCCCGUGGUUACGCCGAAACGGCUAUGACAGCACAUACUGGUUCAUGCAAGAUGAAGCAACACCUCAUCGGACUAAACAAGUGUUUGAGACACUUUACAGCAAGUUCGGACCUCAAGUCAUUGGCCUAGGGUAUGAAAAAUUUGCUAACGGAGGAAUGGCUUGGCCACCCUAUAGCCCCGACCUCAACCCAUGCGAUUUUUUUUUGUGGGGCUUCCUUAAGGACCGAAUUUAUUCAGCAAGACCAACGAACGAAGCAGAACUCGAAAAAGCUAUAAAAAACGAGGUCAAAGCAAUUAAUGCAGAGAUGUUGGGCAGGGUUUUUCUAGGCUUUCAAAAACGCCUAGAAUUCUGCGAAAACAGUAAUGGUGGCCACUUUGAAACUAUUGUUCACUAG